CAGUGUUGGCAAACGCACGUUGUCGGCGUACACAAUUUUCUUUUUUUCAAUUAUUUAUCGAUAUGUUAUGAGUCAUAAGAAAAUAUCUCAGGUAUACUACAGUUGAAGUCUGGCAACUGCAAAGCAUAGAACAACUAUGAUCGGCAGCGGAGCUCUGUUUGUUUUGCAGGCGUUAUUCAUCAUUCAGUUUGCAAUGGCGACACCCAAAGAUGAAUACACCGCCAUUAACGACGGCCUGCAGGCAAUUGAAAAUGUUUCGGAGAAGCUGAGGCAUGAAAUCAACAACCAAGUCAAUAUUCAGGAGCUUCAGCACGUCAUCGACGACAUUGACCGUUCGAUGCUGGGCUACCAGGGCACCGCCAAACGGCAUUUGGAUGAACUGCGUCGCUUGAACAGUAUAGCACGCCUUAAGUUCAUGGACGUAAAGGGUUCUUUGCUUGAGUGGUGUGUAUCGUCCAACAGCACCCUUCCAUUAACCAUUGAGAGCAUAACCAACCCCAUCAUCGGUGAGGAGGAAAGAAACAUAGUAUGGAAGAGCACUAUGAUGUCCAUUGCUAGCGGAGUUAAAAAAACGAAAGAGAGCAUUGCUUCUUUUGAAGAAACGAAGGAAAUAAGGAGCCAAUUGGAUGAGUUGUUGGAGGGCAUGAAGAAGGAUGUCAAGUUUGAUUUCAGUCCUGAUGGCUACUACGCCACCAAGAUGACCACGGGCAGCGCCAGUUCCAUCCCAUCGAUUGUCACAUAUUUGUUCAUCAUUUUGUCAUCGCUACAGUGUGCUUGGGCCCGUGCCACCAAUUCCAAUCGCGUGGAACGUGAAGCCAGGAUCAACGGGUUUGAUAAAGCCGAUCUGCUGAUGAAAAUUGAAAAAGCUGAAUCAAUUGCCACAAUCGAUGCUGAUUUGUCGGAUGCCAAGGCAAGCUUGGAGUCCUUAGGCCAAAUGAUUUCCCAAGCAGAUAAGAGCCAACGAGUCCUCUUGGCAGACAGCCCAGCACUUCAGGCCGAUCUCCUCGAAACCUUCAAGAGUAUUGGACAUGAGUGCUACCAAUAUGUCAAAGAGCAGAAGGCCUAAACCUUCCUCAUAUAUAUAUAUAUAUAUAUAUACAAAUGGAACCUCAUCACAAAUGUAUAAUGUGUUUUUUGCUUUUCACAGUAAUUGCUACAAAAAGUUGUUUUAACAGACUAAAGUCAGAGAGCAAAUUCGUUAACCAAUAAAUAACCAAUAUUUAAAA